UGAACACGAAGAAGUCGUGUAAUUCGAAUACGACAUAACUUUGUGUUUUUAUUUUAUGUCGUUUUAAAAAAAUAACGAGUAAUUCGGAAAAUCGGAGUGGAAAGAUCACGUGAAAGGAGAUUUUUAUUAUUCUAAUUGGCAUGAAUGCGAAAACGUGAUGUCGUGCACUCGUUAUCGAAUAAUGGAUCCACAGCAAGAUCGAUUGCACUUGGACUUUAAGCAUCCUCACAGCUGCUAUACAACAACCUACCAUGCUGCCAUCAGAAAUCUUUGUCCCACAGUCUGCAGCAAUAGAAGUUGUUCCAGAAAUCAUGUAAAUUGGAAAUCAUCCAAUUUAAACGGAAGUAACGAUGAGACAUAUAGAGAAGACAGGGGCGAUCCGCCGUUUCCAGACUCAAACAUGCAAAUGGGGAGAAUCGCGAGUGCACACAUGUAUGAAUCGACGAGGCAUCAUGAAUCAGCGCCGGUGGUGUCUUUCGAGAGAAUGCAAAUUCGUUUGAAGCUCUUAGAAGACAGCAACGCAACGUUGCAUUUCAGAAACCGCGAUCUCGUCGCGGAAAACAAGAACUUGAUGAAUCGGCUGGAAGAAGAUGCGACUAAAAUGGAGAAGCUGUUAGAGAAUGUGUCAUUAUUGCAAAGCAAACUUGAUAAAGAGAAAAUUAAGCUGGUUGAUGUAUUAGCGAAACAAUCGAAACAUGAUGAGGUGUGCCUAGAAAAUAAAUGUACCUCCUCGACAAAUAUAGUUUUGAAAACAAAUCGCGGAUUACAGAUUUGGGAAACCUGUAAAGAUUGCCAUGAAGAAUUGGAAGGAUGCCAAAGGGAAUCGCGGAUCUCAAUCACGAAAUCGGAGUUUGAGUUACUAGAAAGGGAUAUGAAGACUUUGAGAGACGCCAUAAUCGCCCGGGAAGAAGCCUGGGAUAAAGCGAUGGAGCGCGAGCAGAAUUGCCAACAGCAAUUAACACGGUUGACCGCGGAGGUGAUCACCACGCGUCACCUUUGCGAAACUCGCCAGGACGAACUUCGCGCAGUUACGGAUACUUUGACGGAAAAAGAAUCGGUGCUGAAAAUAAUGCAGAAAGAAACGCUAUACCUGAACAAAUUAAUUGCGAAGCUGUACCGACGUCAGAGAGAGCUCGAAGAAUACGCGAGCGGCGGUGUAAGUUUCAGCAUUAGCGAGAGGGAUCAAAGAUGCAUCGAGGAGAUUGUGCGGCGCGUACGAAACUCUAAAAGCAAAUCGAAAGCAAAGCCCAAGUGCACUUCAGAUAAAUACCCGCGUUCGAAUUCGAGUAGCCCUCGCGAGAAUAAGAACGGAUUGGAUCGGACAGGUUCCUCGGAGGAUCAUCACAAAUUCAAUUUGUAAUCAUCGUUUUAUAAAUU